UCAACAAAUAACAUCGAAGUUUGUCAAGUCUUAUCAAUACAUUAGUUGGUGACUUUGGUCCGCUGGACGUUGAGGAUAACAGUGUAAAUAUUCAAACUGCAAAAAAAAAAAAACGCAUAAAUGAAGGAAACCGAAGUAUCGGAGCUCGUAAAAGUUGGCAGCCACGUGGUUGUACAAAAAUUGAACUUCAAAAAAGUAUAUCGCGUGUCAGAGACCGGCUCGUUGACAUUGGGCAAGGAGGAUAUCCAGAUGAGCGAAAUUAUCGGCAAACCCUUUUGGACCGCGUACAAAGUUGUCAGCUCCAAGGGCGACCCUCGCGAAAAGAAAUCCAAAAGAAGCUCGUCUACUCUAGUUGUUGCAAAAAAGUGCGAGUCCCUGGGGGAUCUCAAAGAUAGCGUGUCCAGUGGUCACGACAACAGGUGCAUAAACGACGAUGGCAAGUCACAGAAACUGUCAAGGGAUGAUAUUUUAAACUUCAGAGACGCCGGAAAAUCCGGACGGGAGAUUGUGAGUAGUCUCAUUGUGAACAAUGCUUCUUUCACAGAGAAGACAGAGUUUUCCCAGGAGAAGUACAUCAAGAAAAAAGAAAAAAAGUAUUGCCAGUUUUUGAGCAUUCAUAAGCCGACACUGGCUGCUUUACAAGAAAUAUAUCUGAGGCAAGAUUCUGCAAAGAUCUAUGGAAUGAGAAUGGAUGCCAUAGCUCAGAUUCUAUCCUAUAGCGAUGUCAAGUGCAAUGGCACUUUUAUACUGUAUGACAGUGGUACAGCUGGUCUUGUGCCUGCAGCUAUGUUGUCCAGAAUAGGAGCCAACACAGCUGGCAAUUUGCUGUAUCUGCAUUCCGGUGAUCAUUUACCACAGAUGCCAAUUGCUCGGGCUAUGAACUUUUCUGAUGAGCAGUUUGGCAGGCUGGUAACUGUCAGUAUUUUUGACUUUCUUAGGAAAUUUUAUGGUAAACAGCCAAACACAGCAGAUAAUCAUAGUAAAGCUGAUGUAUUAUGUCAAAAGACGAUCAUUAAAGAUGAAAAAUCUGACGAUAGUUUUAGAGAUAACAAUGAAAACCACGAGUGCAAUGCGACAAUGACUAGUAAUGAUCUGAAGAGAAAAAUUACCGAAGAUACAGAUGAAGGACCAGUGUUGAAGAAAUCAAGGAAAGUUCUUGAAAUAGAAAGGUCCGUUGACAUUAUGUCAGAGACAAAGGCCGACAGCCUGACAGUCGUGACAAAAGAGCAUCCGCUCAACAUAGUCAAAGGACUUUUGCCGUUUAUAAAAUCAUCCAGGCCAUUUGUCAUUUAUCAUGGUCAUCAAGAGCCACUGGAAGAAACCUACGUAGCAUUAAAAAACCAAGCUAAUGUGGUAAAUCUCAGACUGUUUUCUAAUUUUUUAAGAUCUUAUCAAGUUUUACCUGAAAGAACUCAUCCAGAGAUAACGACCAAUGACUGUGGUGGUUACAUACUUACUGGUUACACUGGAAGUGCCAAAAACACUUGUUGAAACAUUACUGGUUAAUGACCUCAGUCUUUCUUUAGACCAGGUACG